CAUUACAAUUCCUUUGUUUGCGCCCUAUCUUAGACCCCAUAUCCCCAUGAAGCACUUCUCUUGGAAGAAAAGCCCAUUUGGAAAAGCAACCACUUUCUAAGGCUUGAAUAGACGUCAAGGGUAAUAGAUGGCCGGCAAGUUCAAGAAUUGCAUCACACUAUGUUGCGGAAAAAAGCCUUCGGUAGUCGAAGACAUGACAACUAACGGAUAUACAUUUGAUGAUGCCAUUGAUGGAUUGAAGAGGCUUUUGAGUGACAAAAGUGACCUUCACGCCGUGGCUGCUGAGAAGAUCAAAGCGCUGACGGCGGAGUUGGAGGGAGGAAGCUCCGGUGAGUUCAACGCGGUGGAGAGGAUCAAGGAUGGGUUCGCUCGUUUUAAGAAAGAAAAAUAUGAAACAAACCCCACUUUGUUUGGUGAGCUUGCUAAAGGCCAAAGCCCCAAGUUUUUGGUAUUUGCCUGCUCGGAUUCUCGGGUUUGCCCAUCACAUAUCCUGGAUUUCCAACCAGGUGAAGCCUUUGUAGUCAGAAACAUUGCUAACAUGGUUCCUCCUUAUGAUACGAUAAAACACUCUGGAGCAGGGGCAGCCAUUGAAUAUGCAGUGUUGCACUUAAAGGUGGAGAACAUUGUAGUCAUUGGACACAGUUGUUGUGGUGGGAUUAAAGGACUUAUGUCCAUCCCCGAAGAUGGAACUACUGCUUCUGACUUCAUAGAGCAAUGGGUCAAAAUCGGUCUGGCUGCCAAGAGCAAGGUGAAAGGAGAUUUUGCUGAUCUUGAUCAUUCAGAUCUAUGCACCAAGUGUGAGAAGGAGGCUGUGAAUGUAUCUCUUGGGAACCUUUUGACAUAUCCUUUUGUUAGGGAAGCUGUGGUGAACAAACAGCUUUCACUUAAAGGAGCACAUUAUGACUUUGUGAAAGGUGCUUUUGACCUUUGGAAUCUUGAUUUUGGCAUUUCACCUUCACUCUUCUAAUCCCAGUUUUCACUUUAUUUCUUACAUUACAUCUUUUGAAUAACUACAUAGCCGUAUAAGUCUUUUGGCAGUUGCGUCAAAUUUGUAAAGUUUUUGUUGUGCUUCGAUAUAUGUGUUUAAAGUUUGCUUGUAUCCUCUUUUUUACUUGGAAUAAUGUUGCUUUUCUUGUGUAACAUCUCGUUUUAUCAGACUACAUAACCAAUAUACAUGUAAAGUCUGAUGGCGAAAACUUGUUAUGAACAUGCAUGGUUUACAGUUUACAUCAUUA